ACUGCAAUCCCGCGCCGUGCACCUCCGCGUGCCUCCUUGUUCUAUACGGCUGUCUAAAGCGUUUGAGUUAUUUCAGUCUGCACGAAAAGCUAUGCCACCUGGAGUGCCAUCACACCCUGAAGCUUGGAGUUCUGACUUAUUUUUGCGGUUUGGACUACAUGUCGCGAAGUCGUCAUCUCUGUGCACUUUAAGCAGCCCAGUGGUAGAAGUCUAGUAUCCAGAGACAUUAAGAAAAUACAUGUCAACUGGUUUUAAAUUCACCAUUAGAGGAAUCACUUGGAAUUGUUCUUGACAGGAGUUCUUUUUGUGUUCGCCCAAAUAUCUAUACGGUACUGUAUUUUCACAGUCAACAUAACUUUGACUGUCCGGCACAAUUACACUUAGCUGGACCAUCGGCAGCUUUAGACAGCCCUGGCAUUAUUGUGUUUCAUAGACUCCACCUCAGCUCAGCCCUCACUGGACCUCUCGCACUGAGCCUCAGCAUCUGCAAGCCAGUCAGUGCUCCCGCGGAACACUCGCGCCGAAUACACGCAGCCGGCUUGACGCGCGCACUGUCUCCUUGGGACUCCGGGGAAACUGGCUGUAGAGCAACAUGUUUCCAGCGUGGCGUGGACGGACGCUCGCUGUCGGCUCAGUGUCACUUUGGACCAUGUUCUGGCGUUCGUUCGGACUGAAGUGUGCAUUCAGCUGGUUGUUGAUUGCUUUGCUCAUCCACUGUUCAAGAGCUCAAGAUGACGUUCCCCCCUACUUCAAAAUGGAACCGAUCCCGACUCAGGUCCAUCUGGAGGGGAACCGGCUGGUGCUCACCUGCAUGGCCGAGGGAAGCUGGCCUCUCGAGUUCAAGUGGAUCUACAACGGAACCGAGCUGACACGCUUCUCUCUCGAGUACAGGUACGUGAUCCCAGCGCUGGACCGCGCCCACGCAGGGUUCUACCGGUGCAUCGUGCGGAACAGGGUGGGCGCCCUGAUGCAGCGGAGUACUCAGGUGCAAGUGGCCUAUAUGGGGGGUUUUGUGGAGGGCGAGCGCACCCAGGCUGUGUCCCAGGGAGAGGCAGCGGUCAUCCUGACUCCUCGGAUCCACAGCUACCCCAGGCCCCAGAUCACAUGGUUCAGAGACGGACGCAAGAUCCCCCCCAGCAGCCGCAUAGCGAUCACCCUGGACAAUACCCUCAUCAUCCUGUCCACUGUUGCCCCAGACGCCGGCCGCUACUACGCACAGGCCGUCAAUGACAAGAACGGAGAGAACAAGACGAGCCAGCCAGUUACCCUGACAGUGGAGAACGUAGGUGGUCCUGCAGACCCCAUUGCUCCCUCCAUCAUUGUUCCCCCGAAGAACACGAGUGUGGUGGUGGGAGCUUUUGAAGUCACACUGGAGUGUGUGGCCAAUGCCAGGCCCCUUGUGAAGUUGGCCAUCACGUGGCGUAAGAACGGUCAGGUGUUCACGCGUGGCAUCCGUGACUUUGGCCGGCGAGUGACCAUCAGUGGGCCACUGGUGAGCGACAGCGGCUACUACGAGUGCGAGGCCUCCCUGCGUAGCAGCCGAGCGCCCACCGUCAAAGCCGGGGCUUACCUGCACGUGCUCGAACACCCAAUGUUUGUGAAAGAGCCUGAGAGACACAUCAGUGCAGAGAUGGAGAAGGUAGUGGACAUACCCUGUCAGGCCAGAGGAGUCCCCCAGCCUGAUAUCGUGUGGUAUAAGGACGCCGCACCCAUCAGUCCCGUCAAGACGCCCCGCUACAGGGUCCUGGUCGGUGGCAGCCUGCAGAUCAACGGCCUGUUACCGGACGACACCGGAAUGUUCCAGUGCUUCGCCCGCAACUUGGCCGGCGAGAUCCAGACCAACACCUAUCUGGCUGUCACCAGUAUCGCGCCUAACAUCACGGCGGGGCCUGCAGACAGCGCCGUGAUUGACGGCAUGUCCGUCAUCCUGCACUGCGAGACCGCCGGAGCCCCGCGGCCAGCCAUCACGUGGCAGAGAGGUGGGCGGCCCAAUCAUGUCAGCGCAACGCAACGCACCAGUGGUUUCUACCCCGGAACCAAUCGGAUGAUGUGGGGUGAGCGUGUGUUGGCCAGUGGGUCAGUGCAGCUGCCUCGCUUCACGUUGCUGGAGUCGGGCAGUCUGCUCAUCAGCCCCUCUCACCUGUCUGACGCCGGCGGCUACACCUGCAUGGCCAGCAACUCCCGCGGCAUCGACGAGGCCUCCGCCGACCUGGUUGUCUGGGCUCGGACACGCAUCACCAACCCCCCACAGGACCAGAGCGUCAUCAAAGGCACCAAGGCCACCAUGACCUGUGGGGUCACCCACGACCCGAGUGUCACUGUCAGGCACGUCUGGGAGAAGGGGGGCUCGGCCAUCGACGUGGGGGCCGUGCCCCGCAUCCGCCUGGACUCGGAUGGCACGCUGCACAUCUUCCAGACCUGGUCAGGAGACAUCGGCACCUACACCUGCAAGGUCACCUCUGUCGGGGGCAACGACACGCGGAGUGCCCACCUCCGUGUUAGGCAGCUUCCUCACUCCCCUGAGAACCCAAUGGCCACCCUGAGCCUCACGGAAAAGCGCAGCAUCAAUCUGACCUGGGCACAGGCCUUUGACGGGAACAGCCCCCUCAUCCGCUACAUCCUGGAGGUGUCGGAGAACAAUGCUCCGUGGACCGUGCUCCUGGCCAACAUUGACCCCGAGUCCAACAGCGUGUUGGUGGGCGGACUAAUCCCGGCGCGCUCCUACCAGUUCCGCCUGUGCGCUGUCAACGACGUGGGCCGAGGCCAGUUCAGCCGCGAGACGGAGCGUCUGUCUCUGCCAGAGGAGCCCCCCAGCGCUCCCCCUCAGACCGUGAUCGCCAGCGGCCGCACCAACCAGUCCAUCAUGAUCCAGUGGCAGCCGCCCCCAGAAAGCCAUCAGAACGGCCCACUGCAGGGCUACGUCAUCAGGUACUGUCUCUCGGGUCUGCCGGUGGACUGUCAGAUCAAAAACAUCACCAACCCUGACCAGACCAACAUGCUGCUGGAGGACCUCAUCAUCUGGACCAACUACGAGAUCGAGGUGGCGGCCUACAAUGGAGCUGGACAGGGCAUCUUCAGCCACAAGGUCACCGAGUGGACUCUGCAGGGAGUGCCCACUGUUCCCCCGGGUAACGUCCAGGCCGAGGCUGUCAACUCCACCACCGUGCGUUUCACUUGGAACGCCCCGAGCCCCCAGUUCAUCAACGGCAUCAACCAGGGCUACAAGCUCUUGGCGUGGGAGGCUGGCCACGAGGACCAGGACCACGCCGCCAUGGUAACGGUGCGCCCCAACUUCCAGGACAGCGUGCACGUUGGCUACAUCUCGGGCCUGAAGAAGUUCACCCAGUACUUCACCUCGGUGCUCUGCUUCACCACGCCGGGGGAUGGGCCGCGCAGCCCGCCCCAGAGAGUGCGCACCCACGAGGACACCCCUGGAGCCGUGGGUCACCUGAGCUUCACGGACAUCCUGGACACCUCUCUGAAAGUCAGCUGGAAAGAGCCGCACGAGAAAAACGGCAUUCUCACUGGCUACCGCAUCUCUUGGGAGGAGUUCAACCGCACCAACACCCGGGUCACCCACUACCUGCCCAACCAGACCCAGGAGUACCGCGUCACCGGCCUGACAGCCCUCACCACCUACACCAUCCAGGUGGCCGGCAUGACCUCCAAGGGCCAGGGCCAGCUCUCGUCCUCCACCAUCUCCUCCGGGGUCCCGCCAGAGAUGCCGGGACCCCCCACCAACAUCGCCAUCUCCAACAUCGGCCCCCGCACGGUCACUCUGCAGUUCAAACCCGGAUAUGACGGCAAGACCUCCAUCUCACGCUGGCAGGUGGAGGCACAGAUCGGUGUUAUCGGAGAAAACGAGGAGUGGGUCACGGUUCACCAGCUGGCCAACGAGCCAGACGCCCGCUCUCUGGAGGUCACUGGCCUCAAUCCAUACACCUUCUACAGGUUCCGCAUGCGGCAGGUGAACAUCGUCGGCACCAGCCCCGCCAGCCAACCCUCCAGGAAGAUCCAGACGCUGCAGGCUCCUCCGGACAUGGCACCUGCCAACGUGACCUUGCGCACGGCCAGCGAGACUAGCCUCUGGCUUAGAUGGGUGCCUUUGCCAGAGUGGGAGUACAAUGGGAACCUAGACCUGGUGGGCUACCGGGUGCAGUACGCACGGGCCGGGUCAAAGGCUGGGGUCCUGUCCCACGUCAUAGCGGACCGCCUGGAGCGGGAGUUCACCAUCGAGGACCUGGAGGAGUGGACCGAGUAUGAGGUGCGCGUUCAGGCGUUCAACGGCAUCGGGUCCGGACCCCUGAGCCCGUCCAUCAUCGGGAGGACCCGCGAGUCCGUGCCCUCCUGCGGGCCCAGUAACGUCUCGGCCUUCGCCACCACCUCCAGCAGCAUCCUGGUGCGCUGGGGAGAGGUCCUCCUGCACGACCGCAAUGGCCUCAUCCUGGGCUACAAGGUGGCCUACAAGGAGAAGGACCUGGACACAGACCUGCGGUUCUGGACGGUGGAGGGCAACAACAGCCACAGUGUGCAGCUGACGGGGCUGGGAAAGUACGUGCUGUAUGAGAUCCAGGUCCUGGCCUUCACGCGUAUCGGAGACGGCCGACCCAGCUCUCCGCCCAUCCUGGAGAGGACCCUGGAUGAUGUGCCUGGUCCUCCGAUGGGCAUCCUCUUCCCUGAGGUGCGCACCUCCUCGGUCAGGCUCAUAUGGCAGCCCCCUGCCCAGCCCAACGGCAUCAUCCUGGCCUAUCAGAUCACCUAUAGGCGGAAUUCGUCCAAUAGCAACACGGCCACGGUGGAUGUGCUCAGCCCCAGUGCGCGUCAGUACACGGCGACCGGCCUGAAGCCUGAGAGUGUGUAUGUGUUCCGACUGACUGCUCAGACCAGGAAAGGCUGGGGAGAGGCGGCCGAGGCGCUGGUGGUUACCACGGAGAAGAGAGCUCGCCCACAGCCCACCAGCAGGCCUGUGGUGCCCCAGGAGGAAGUCCAGGCCAGGAGUGUGCUGUUGUCAUGGGAACCAGGCAGCGAUGGCCUCUCCCCCGUCCGCUACUAUACGGUCCAGUACCGAGAGCUGCCGGACAGUAACUGGACUGUGCACUCGGCCUCGGUCAGCCAUGAGGCCAGCUCCUAUAUUGUGGACAAACUGAAGCCGUUCACCUCCUACCAGUUCAGGGUGAAGGCCACCAAUGACAUUGGAGACAGUGAAUACAGUGAAGACAGCGAGGCCAUCACCACCUUGCAGGAUGCCCCAGACAAAGCUCCCACAAUCCUCUCCGUCACGCCACACACCACCACAUCUGUGCUCGUCCGCUGGAAGCCUCCAUCUGAGGAGCAGAUCAAUGGCAUCCUGCUGGGCUUCCGGGUGCGCUACCGAGAGCUGCACUACGACCGCCUGAGGAGCUUCACCGUGCGCACGGUCAACAACCCGUCCGCCAGCUGGGCCGAGCUCACCGCCCCCUACAGCGUUAGGAACCUCAGCGAGUCCUCACUCACCCAGUACGAGCUGGACAACUUGAGCAAAAACAAGCGCUACGAGAUCCGUCUGAGUGUGUACAACGCCGUAGGGGAGGGUCCCAUAAGCAAACCACAGGAAGUGUUUGUGGGGGAAGCAGUGCCCACUGCCCCACCCCAGAGCGUGUCUGUCCAGUCCUCCACUGCCUCUCAGCUGGACGUGACAUGGGAACCUCCUCCUCUAGACGCCCAAAAUGGAGACAUCCAAGGCUACAAGAUUUACUACUGGGAGUUCCAGCUGCAGAACGAGACGGAGCGCCUGCGGACGCUCUUCCUGCCCGAGGGAGGGGUGAAGCUGAAGAACCUGACGGGCUACACCACCUACAUGGUCAGCGUGGCCGCCUUCAACGCCGCUGGGGACGGACCGCGCUCGCCGCCCACCAGAGGGCGCACUCAGCAAGCAGCUCCCAGCGCUCCCAACUUCAUUCACUUCAGCGAGCUGACCACUACCUCGGUCAACGUGUCCUGGGGUGAGCCCAAGCACCCCAACGGCAUCAUCGAGGGCUACCGCGUGGUCUACGAGCCCUGCACACCCGUGGAUGACUCCUCUCCUCGCACUCCAGGUGUCAGUAAGGUUGUGACAGUGGAUGUGAAGGGCAGCACUCCACUCUGGAUGAAAGUCAAGGACCUGGCAGACGGCGUGACCUACAACUUCCGCAUCCGAGCCAAAACUCUGACAUACGGGCCAGAAGUGCAAGCCAACAUCACCACAGGGCCUGGAGAAGGGGCCCCAGGCCCUCCUGGAGAGCCAUUUAUUACCCGCUAUGGCAGUGCACUCACACUGCACUGGACCAGUGGCGAUCCCGGACGAGCCCCCAUCACACGCUAUGUAAUUGAGGCUAGGCCAUCGGAUGAGGGCUUGUGGGAUAUUCUGAUUAAAGACAUUCCCAAAGAGGUUACAUCCUACACCCUUGACUUAGACAUGUUAAGGGAAGGAGUCACUUAUGACUUCCGGGUCAUUGGAGUGAAUGAUUACGGUUAUGGCUCUCCCAGUGCACCUUCUCCAUCUGUUUCUGCCCAGAAGAUCUCGCCGUUUUAUGAAGAGUGGUGGUUCCUGGUGGUGAUCGCGCUUGUGGGGCUGAUAUUCAUCCUUCUCCUCGUCUUCAUCCUCAUCAUUCGUGGACAGAGUAAGAAGUACACCAAGAAAUCUGACUCAGGUAACCACUCCAACUGCACGUCUCUGCCCCUGAGCCACGGAGAGAUGGUCAGGCUGGACGAGGGCCGCUUUCCAGCCUUGGAGCUCAACAACAGACGACUCUCCGUGAAGAACUCCUUCUGCCGCAAGAACGGCAUCUACACCCGGUCUCCACCAAGGCCUAGCCCUGGCAGCCUGCACUACUCUGACGAGGACGUCAGCACCAAGUACAACGACCUGAUCCCGGCCGAGAGCAGCAGCCUUACGGAGAAGCCCUCCGAGAUCUCGGACUCCCAGGGUAGCGACAGCGAGUACGAGAUGGAUCCCAACCGGCAGAAGACCCACUCCUUCGUCAACCACUACAUCAGUGACCCCACCUACUACAACUCGUGGCGGCGGCAGCAGAAGGGCGUCUCCCGCCCCCCAGCGUAUGGCUACGGGCAGCCCGACAUCGUGGCGGAGCCCGAGUCCCGACCACAGCCACCUCCCCUUCCCCCCCUACCUCCCCUCCUGCCCCAGCAGAGCAACCCCUCCCCCCAGCCUCAGCAGGGCCCUGUCCUGGGACAGGGCGGCACCCUGUUCAGGUCCAAGGGCAGCCGGACUCCCACCCCAUCGCUGCUGUCCUCGGAGACCCACAGCCAGCACAGCACUCUCUACAGGCCACCAAGCAGCCUGGGGUCAGCCAAUCAGGCACCUCCCACGGGAUUCUCCUCUUUCGUUUGACACCAGACUCUCAUUCUGAUGACAGCAGUAGUGCCAACAUCAGACCUAGCCUAGGUCACCUAGGGUUUUGGACUUAAGUUAGAUGUUGUUGGUUUGUUAUCAUCUUUUUAUUUGCUGUUUUUAUUCAUUUAUUUUUUUUAUGUAAUUCUAUUGGCAUAGGAAGGUGUCACACAAUGUGGCGAGCAAACAAAAUUUGCGUUUGAUUUUCAUUUUCCCCUUGUGUGGGUGUGUGGGUGUGUGUUUGAGCUUUUUUUCUGAAAAACAAAACAAAACAAAAAAAAAAAAACAGACAAUCAUUCAGAGAGAACAUUUCUGUUGCUUGAACUGAUGGAUUACGUCACCAAAACAUUUAUUUUAGGAUGAUUGUGAGAUUCAUCAAAAUAAUCAUGUUACUUAACAAAGGUAUACUGUAUGUUCUAAGAAUAGUUUGUGACUGAGAUUGAUACAUAUGCCCUUGUUCCUAACUCCAGAAUAUAAUAUAGCAGCUGUUUUUCAAAACACAUUCUUGCAUUCUUCCACAGCCAGAUACUUGAUGAUCACAAUAUCAAGAGUUAUUACAGCUUUGAAGUAUGUAAAUACACGCAUAUGGGGGGGAAAUCUUGGAUUAAUCCCUCAUACUCCUGUCAGAAUUCUAGUAUGUGUUUUGGAAAAAAGGGCCAAUGUAAAGCAGGGAUAAAAUGGAAGCUGGAUAUCAAGUUUGAAACAGGGCCAUAGCAUGAAAUGCUAUUAAGGCCUGAUGCUGUCUUCAUUUCUGUGCAUCUUUGAUACCCUUUGGGAUUGUGACUGUAAUAUGCUGUUUAUUUUAUUUAUUUCCUGCAAAUAGUAUAAUAAUAGCACUUUGCUCAUUAAUUAACAUUAUCACAAUAGAGUUGUGGCAAUGGUAAGAUUUUGCACAGUCAGAGGACAAGUUUAAUUUGUUGAGGUUAGUCAGCCAGCAUGACAUGAUUGUGGAACAAGUUUGUAUUUUCGUAGAUCAUAUCAUUAUAUGGGGCAUCAUGAUCAGAUAGGCCUAGCUGCUCAUGACUGUAGCCCUGAAUUGACACACUAAUAUGCAAUUGAUCCAGCAUAGAAUCCUACUAGCAUUGCAGUGGUAGUACAGUGUAUGGGAGUGCAUUCCUGUUUCCUCAGAGGUUGUGUCUGUUCUGUAUCAGUCAUUACUAUCAUUGUUGAAUGCUUGUCUUUUAAUGCUCUUAAGCUGGUCCAGUGUUUUUUUGCUCUCUCUUUGUCUUGCUCUCUCCAGUAUGUAAUUUCAGCAAGUGGUGGUAUGGGUCGUUGCCAACCAGUUACAUCAGAAGGCUUCUGCCUCAGCUUCUGUGUGAUGUCCCCAAGACACAGAUGGCUUCUUCGUUGUCCUUGUGUUGAUGAAGUCAAAAGUGUUUUUGUUGCUUUGUGUUUAUUUCAAGAGGAUGUGCACAGACACAAACUAAAACUCAGAGCCAGCACACAAGUUAAGCGUUAUUAUGUGGACUCGUGUCUAUAGACGCUUGGAGGUUCGCUGAUGCUUUUUGGGACGUCCAAUGUCAUUCUCAUGGACAACGGUGCAUGGUGUGACUACCCAGCAAACUGUACUGCAUGACUUUGCAGUAAAAGAGACAGAAAGUGUAUGGUUAAACUGUGCAUCUGUUCAUGUGUACAGAUUUGUCAAUAAGGACCUGUAAGAACAUGCUAUGUCCAUAUACCGUGAAUCUGUUCUCACUAUGGAACAGGAAGAACAAGGAAAGACAGUCCCUUGCCAUCUCACCAAAAAAUGCAUUAUGAUGUCUUUCUUUCUACUUACAUUGUGCAAACCUUUACUGAAUAUACUGUAGAAUGUGUUUUUCAACUUGUCACGAUAUCCGAGUGUACACGUGCUUAUGAAGCAAAGUCACAAUAAGAAUUCUGAUGAAUAAUUCAUUUACACUCUUAUUUUAAGUGAGAUUAUGGU